AUGGGUCAGAUGAUGAAGAUCUUCCCCGAGCGGCCCUACAUGCAAGCUAUCCUCACCCACCUCAAGCAUGUCCAUGAUCUCCCUGACAUCUUCUACCUCGACCUCUGGCCCUUCGGCCCCAAAUUCGUCAUCAUCACGAACCCGGAGGCCUCUGCCAUCCCCACAACCAUCCAUGCGUAUCCGCAAGCAACUCUCGUCAAGCAGUACUUCGCCGCCAACGUCGGGUCUACCUUUAUCGAAGCCACUAAUGAUAACAUUUGGAAGAACCUUCACCAAACCCUCGCUCCGGGUUUGACCCCCGCCGCCGUGCGAUCCUACCACGACAUAAUCCUAGACGAGGCUGUAGCGCUUCACGAUCGGUUGCAGGCCAUAUCGGACUCGGAUGAGGUUUGCCAGCACUUUGGCUACGAGUUUGGAAAAUUCCCCUUCGAAGUCGUCGGCAGGAUAUUUCUCGGCAAGAAGGUUGGCACACAAGGCGACAACGUCACGCUAUAUAAUGAGAUGCAGGCCCUCGCCGAAACCAUGUCCGUGCUUGCCGGUGAGCAAAACAUCUUCAGCCAACUACGCGCCAAAUGGGACGAGCGCGUGCACGCGGGGAAUCUGCGAAAGGUACUAGCUGGCUAUGUUGAGUCUCGCUUCGAAGAACUCCGUGAGAAAAAAGUUGUGCCGACCCGGACUACCGCAGCCAGCCUACUUGACCGUAUGCUUGCGCCGCAUCUUGAGAGCAGUCGACCGUUGACUAAGGUCGCGUUGACUCCCAUUAUUGAAAACGCUUGUGGAUUCCUGGCUGCCGGAUCCGGGACCACGACUGACACUACCAGCUACGUCUACAUGAUGCUCAUUAUCUACGAGACUCUUCGUUUGUUCCCAAUCGCCUUCGUUAUUCGAGAGCCUCCUCCUGGCGUCGACUUCUUCGAGUUCGAUGGCAAGAAGUAUCCCAUCAAGGGCCAAGUUCUUGGCGUCUGCGCCCACACAAUGCACCUGGAUGCUAAAAUCUUCCCCGAGCCUAAGAAGUUCAACCCGGACCGCUUCAUGGAGUCCACGCCCUCCUACUCCCGCAACGCCUUCCGCCCGUUCGAGCGGGGCCUACGCUCCUGUAUGGGCCAAACACUCGCCGUGGACGAAAUGACGAUUUUGCUUUUGAUGACCGCGCGCUGGUUCCAUUUUGAGCUGAGGGAUCACAGGCCGACUAAGGAGCCGAAGCUGCCGCAGUCCGACAUGGAUACUGUGAUCGGUGUGCACGCGUAUCAGUCCUUCUUCAUUACGGCGGGACCUCCGGAGCCUAUUAAGAUGAAAAUUAAAUCCUUACCGAUGCGUUUAUACUUGCUCCUUGCUUCCGCCACUUGCCUCCUCUCCUCGGCCCGUGCCCGUCCCCAGGAGCUGCCGACAUCUUCCUCCCAAUCACUAAUACCUCUCCACACUGUCGCUUACACGACUGCCCUAGCGGCGAAGCCGACGAUCGAUGUGCUAUGCGCCAAAGGCGAAGAAUGGAUCGAUACGGUCGUGGUCGGCGUCGUAAUGCCUCGUGAAGAACCACGAUGGCCCGAGAGCGGCGUCACGGUUGCCGGCGCUGCUGUUUCCAAAAUACCCGUCAAGUGUGGCACGAAAACCAUGACUUGGACAACAUCAGAGGACCUCACAUGGACACUUUCGGGGAAUAGUCGGGCAGCAUUGAGCAACGGCACAACCACAACAAAUCAAGGCUCGUCUCCCGCGACAGGGCUGACCGUGACGUCCGAAUAUACCUCGAUCGGAUCGGAGACCAGGACAGAUUACCCAGCCACCAUCGUCCGGACCGGCUACACGCACAUCGACUUUUCUCACAGCGCGCAGAAUUUGCAAUCGGAUACAUCUUUCGUGGCAACCAGCACAGGAUCCUAUCUUAGGACGACCACGAUGGUUCAAGUCACGGCUACGCCUACUGGAACGGCAGACUAA